AUGGACAUUGUGGGACCAUUCCCAGUCGCCGUCGGAGGGGUCAAAUGGUUGUUAGUAGCAAUUGACUACUUUUUCAAAUGGAUUGAGGCAGAAGCGUUAGCCACAAUAUCAGCCAACAAGGUUCGCCGAUUCUUCUACCGACAGAUCAUCAGUCGAUUCGGUGUUCCGCACACCAUUAUAACAUAUAAUGGCACACAAUUCGUGGACAGAAAAUUCAAUCAGGUCCUUCAGGAUUUGCAUGUUAAACACCGAUAUACGUCGGUUGAACAUCCACAAAUGAACGGAUUGGCAGAAUCUGCGAAUCGAGUUCUCAAACGCGGUUUGGAAAGAAGAUUAGAAGCAGCAAAAGGGGAGUGGCCUGAACAGUUAGACUUUGUGCUAUGGGGAUACAGAACAACCAAACACUCAACCACUGGUGAAACCCCAUUCCGCAUGGUCUACGGUUCUGAGGCUAUGAUCCUAGUUGAAAUUGGGGAACCAUCAUGGAGAAAGAUGUACACAGACUCAGACAACAAUUCGCAGGCAUUACUUCAUAAUUUAGACACGGGUUCUCUCACGAAUCCUCCAAUUUACAAGAAACCUCUCACGGUUCCUAUCAACUUACAGGGUUCUCUCACGAAUCCUCCAAUUUACAGGAAACCUCCCACGGUUCCUAUCAACUUACAGGGUUCUCUCACGUAUCCUCCAAUUUACAGGAAACCUCUCACGGUUCCUAUCAACUUACAGGGUUCUCUCACGAAUCCUCCAAUUUACAGGAAACCUCUCCCGGUUCCUAUCAAAUUACAGGGUUCUCUCAUGAAUCCUCCAAUUUACAGGAAACCUCUCAUGGUUCCUAUCAAAUCACAGGGUUCUCACACGAAUCCUCCAAUUAACGGGAUACCUCUCACGGUUCCUAACAACUUAUAG